AGUUCCCAUAGAGAGUUCCUUUAACAAUGCCGAUUGACGUUAACAGACUUCGCGCGGAAAAGGGCGGCGACCCGGAGGCUGUGCGAGCUUCCGAGCAGAAGAGGUAUCGUAAUUCUGAUACUGUGGGCACCGCCGUGAAACUCGAUCAGCAGUGGCGUAAGGAUAUGUUCGCACUGGACAAGCUCCGUGAGGAACUAGGCAAGAUCCAAAAGGAGAUCACUCAGAAGAAGAAGGCCUCUAAGGGUAAGGAUCCUUGCACUGAGGAGCUCGCUCGCAAGGCCGAGGGUGAGAAGAAAAUCCAGGAGCAGGAAAAACUCGUAGCUGAAGUCGCCAAGUCGCGUGAUGCUGCCGUGCACUCUAUUGGUAAUAUCAUCCUUCCUGACGUCCCUGUCAGCAACGAUGAGGAUAACAAUGAAGUCUACAAGAAGUGGGGUCAGCCCAGGCAAAUUUUCGUCGAUGGGAAGACUCCUGGUCACCUCUACCAUCACCAGAUCAUGUACAUGCUCGGUGCUAUGGACCAGGAGCGCGGCAUCAACAUCGUUGGUCAUCGUGGAUACUUCCUCCGUGGUGUUGGCGUACUCCUUAAUAUGGCCCUUAUUAACUACGGUAUGAGCUUACUUGUUAAGAAGGGUUAUACCGCACUCCAGCCUCCUUUCUUCAUGAAGAAGGACAUCAUGGCUGAGACCGCCGAGCUGGGCGACUUCGAUGAGCAGCUCUACAAGGUGAGUGAGAACUCCCAGCAGAAAAAGGAGGAGAAGGGCCUCAAGGAGAACGAUGGAGAGUACUAUCUCAUCGCAACUUCAGAGCAGCCUAUUUCGGCCUACCAUCGCAAGGAGUGGAUUGACGAGGAUCAGCUCCCCUUACGUUAUGCUGGUAUCUCCACGUGUUUCCGAAAGGAGGCGGGUUCUCACGGCAAGGAGACCUGGGGCUUGUACCGAAUUCAUCAGUUUGAGAAGUUGGAACAGUUCUGUAUUACCACUCCUGAGGAAAGUGUUGCUAUGCAUGAGCAUAUGCUCGACAUGUCUGAGGAGUUCUAUCAGUCCCUUGAUUUGCCCUAUAGGGUCGUCAAGAUUGUCUCUGGUGCUCUCAACGAUGCCGCUGCUAAGAAGUACGAUCUCGAGGCCUGGUUCCCUGGGUAUAACAUGUACAAGGAACUCGUGUCCUGCUCUAACUGCACAGACUAUCAGGCCCGUGCGAUGGAGACACGUUGUGGCCAUGUGAAGCAGGGCGAGCGCGAGAAGCGAUAUGUUCAUAUGUUGAACUCGACACUUUGUGCUACUGAGCGUGCUAUGUGCUGUAUAGUUGAGAACUACCAGGAAGAAGAGGGCGUCAGAGUUCCCAGAGUUUUGGUGCCCUAUAUGCACGGUAUGGAGUUCCUACCCUAUGUGAAGCCCAUCCCUAAGAACCCCGAUGAGGCCAAGAAGGCCGAGAAGAAGUAGUAGGAGUAUCAUAACAUUCCUGUUGCUGCAGUUACUGCCCGCCUUGUAUGACUACUGUUUCAACGCCUUGACAGGCUAAGUUCAUCAC